AUGGCUCUAGGAAAACACCCUUCCUUACAAGUGGAGUUGGCCAACUGGUGUAAGGAUGUGGGCCUUUUCGAGACGCAUGCUGUGAUGUUGUUCAAUGUACCUGCAGAUACUGAAGUAGCAGUUAUUGAAGAUGUAAUGCAGACUGUGAAAGCACUAGGAAAAGUUCGUGUAAGAGACACAAGAGAAGGACCUACCUCACAUGCCAUGCUAGUGUUGUGCGAGUGCAAACAAGCUGUUGACUCAACACGUGUACCCCUUGAAGUGACUCCUAAUGAGACGGGUGAGCCAUGGACAGUCGUAGUAGUGUCUGCAAAAGAAACCUCACCUGAAACAACCUCUGAGGGUUUUACCGAAAAGCUUACAAAGUUUCUGAUGGCAGAGGGAAAAUCCUUAACAGAUGUACAAGCUCUGUUUACUACACGCAGCUCGGCUGAUGGUUCCCCUGAAUCCAUUAUACGUGCAGUGGGUGAGAUUCUGGAAAAGACUGUAAAGCACCCUGGAGAUAGCAGCACUUACCGAAGACUGCGUACCCUUUCUGCCACAGUGCCAACACCCAUGGGAGAAGAAAGUAUGGAAAACUGGAUGGAACAAGCCCGUCAAAUGAUAACUGAGUGUGAAUGCUCCGAAAAGGAAAAACGUCGCAGAAUUAUCGAGAGUGUCAAGGGACCUGCUUUGGAAAUCAUACGAGCUGUCCGUUUCUCCAAUCCUGAGGCAAGUGCAGUACAGUAUUUGGAGGCCUUAGAGAGUACUUUUGGAUCCUCAGAGUCUGGCGAGGACUUGUACUUCAAGUUUCGCUUGAUGCGUCAAAAUGCAGGCGAAGCUCUGUCUGAAUUCCUGAGAAGGAUUGAUAAGGCUCUCAACAAAGUUGUAGAAAGAGAUGGAUUAUCCUUCAGCUUGGUAGAUAAAGUGCGUGUGGAACAGCUGAUAAGAGACGCUGUACAUUCAGAUAUGCUGCUGCUACAGUUAGGACUUAGAGAAAGAAAGAAUCGUCCUCCCACUUUCCUGAGUCUGUUAAAGGAGAUACGUGAAGCUGAGGAAAAUGAAGCAGCCCGACACCGGAUGACUGCAAAAGCAAAAGCCAUACAGUAUCGUGAAGAUGAUAGAGUUUCCCCUUCUGUCAUUCAGGAGCUUAAGUCUGAAAUUCAGGAGUUGAGGACACAUCUAAGACGGGUGAGCCAUGGACAGUCGUAG